UCGAUAAAAAUUUUUUUUAAUAAUAACCUUUGUCAAUUGUUACGAAGUUCAACUAUCGAUACGAAGCAACCGAAAUGGGUUAGGUAAAUAAAAUGAACCGAUUAUCAAAAUAUAUCCCUUGUCUAAUACACACUUUAUCACUAAUAUUUCACGAUCAUAACGAUUCACGAUUAUCAUGCUGUUUUGCAAGCUCUUACUUCAUUAUAAAUUAGAAGGUAACUCGUCCAGAGCCCACACUAAUUCCUAUAAGUAAAAUCCCACUUUAAAAGCCAAGAAAAAUGUCUCGUUUCUCACGUUACCAUUUGAGUUUUUUACUUUUCGUUUGCUCGACAUGUUUGACCGCUGGCUUGUCGGUCGAGGAACAACUUAAUCAGCUGAGGGAGAAUUAUGUGGAGCUCAAAAAUAAUUUAGAGUCAAAGGUGGUUCAACUGGAGGCCAAAGUCGUCCAACUGGAAGAAAAAGUCCAGCAUCAAGAAUCCCUAUUAAUUGCUUUACAGAGUCAACAACCAAUCAGCAGCAAAUCUGUUUCUGCUAUCAGUCAACCUUCUGGGAAAAUUUACGUCCUUAGAACCUGCAGAGAGACCCGAGCAGCUGAUCCUUCUUUAGGUUCCGGAAUGUACUGGAUCGAUCCAGACGGCCAAGGUGUGGGCGACGAUCCUAUUUACGUCUUUUGUAACAUGGCCUCAGGUUCUACAGAGAUUUUACACGACGCCGAAUCGAAGACCGACGUGGGAAAUUGCGCUGAUCCUGGUUGUUAUUCAAAGGCCGUAAACUAUAACGCAACUAUGAGACAGAUUAUGGCAUUAAUUGAUUUGUCUACCGAAUGCCAUCAAUCCGUUAGAUAUGAUUGCAUCUGCGCUCCGUUGGAGAUUAAUGGCAUUGUAUAUUCGUGGUGGAAUGAUAGGAAUGGAAAUGCGCAAUACUUUUGGUCGGGCAGUAACUCCAGCGUCCACACCUGCCAGUGCGGAUUGGAUGGAAACUGUGUAGAAUCACCUGCUGUGACGUGUAACUGCGAUUCCAGUUUACCUACACUUCUAUCUGAUAGCGGAGUUAUCGCUGUCAAGAAUUUGCUGCCAAUCACGCGAUUGAACUUCGGUCGUACUAUAUUGGAUGUCUCUUCCGGACAAUACACGCUGGGAAGGUUAGAAUGUAGCGGACACAUGGCCGUCACCGGAAUGCCAAAGUCCUGCGAAGAUUUGUGGAGGAUCGGACACACCUUAAGCGGAUUAUAUUUAGUCAUGGGGACGGCGAUGGUGGAAAAUGUCUACUGUGACUUUAAUAAACUUCCCAGCGAAGCAGGUUUCCAAAAAUGGAUGGGAUUCGUUGACGUCCAAUCAGUACCAACCUACUUCUUGGUCACGAAAGAUAAUGGAUUCAAUUCUAUAAAUAUUUCGAUCCCCUACACGACUGAGAAACUGAACAUUGGAGGGGCCAUGAAUUUGUCUUCAGGAAAAUUUACUGCACCCAGAACGGGAACUUAUUUCUUCUCAUUUACCGGACUGAUUGCCUUCCCAACUUCAUCUUCCUCUUUGGCUCAAUUUGUAGUAGGAAUUUUUUUGAAUGACAUUCAAAUCGGAAGCAGUUGGGAUGAUGAGGCCAACACAGUUAUUGGGCAAGAAGUUCCGGUAGUUGUACAAUCGACGGUCAAUUUGCAAGCGGGAGAUCAGGUCUGGUUGCAGGUUACAGCCAUUACAGCAGGAGUGACUAUGCAUUCUGUACGAUCUUUUACCGGUUGGCUUUUACAAGAAAAUCUUUACCAAUCGCUGUAGAAAGUCAGAUUGAAAGUUAAUAUGUUUCCUAAUCUACACCCCCUCAAUUCAAUCCAAUAAAGUAAUAAUUCAUUUCCUCCGUUUCAA